AUGGUUCUACCUAUAGUAUUAGGCCUAGGAGUGACAUUUGCAGCUGUUACAGCACGAUCAGGGCUACGAGCAUGGGAGGUUUACAGAAGGCUCACGCCUAUGAUGAUAGCAUAUCUUAACGGGAUUCGUAUCUCAACUACAGAGGCUCAAUUUCAGCAGAAAAAUUCCUUCCGCUAUGGCCGUUUGAAUGACGCGUUAAGGUCACAGUUAGAUCAGUACGGCGGCGGUUUUGCCGCCAAGAUGACUGAUUCAGAAGCACUACUUAUUCUCGGUAUUUCUGGUCACGAAAUCGAAUCUUUAGACAUGCCAAUGCUCAAACGCAAGCACCGCAGAGCCAUGGUGCAAAAUCAUCCUGAUCGCGGCGGCAGUCCAUUUCUGGCUAUGAAAGUCAACGAAGCUAGGGAUGUACUUAGCCAUAGCAUUAUGCUCAGAAAGUAG